UCGAUUGCUUGUUCUGCGCUCUGCUCAAAAGCGCAAACUCUUCUACUCAGAGAGCUCAUUCCCAGCAAUCCUCGCAACCUUCUCACCUGCAAUCCGCACUUCUAAGCUCCAUCUCUUCUUCUCCAAUCACACCAUGGCUUCCACUGCCUGCCUCCGUGCCUCUGGCUCCAUUGCCAGCUUCUCUGCCACCAAGGCGGCUUCAACCCCCUCUUCCCGCACCAGCUCUUUCUGCGGCGUCCGCAUCGCUCCUGCUGCCCCCAAGUCCACUGUUCGCGCUUCUACCCGCGGCUCCGCCCGCGCCUACGGCGAGCCCAAGUAUGACAUCAACAAGUUCAAGUUCGAGCCGAUCAGGGAGUCCACUGUUGCCCGGGAGAUGACCCGCCGCUACAUGACUGACAUGAUCACCCACGCCGAGACUGACGUCAUUGUGGUGGGGGCUGGCUCUGCUGGUCUGUCUGCUGCUUAUGAGAUUAGCAAGAACCCCAAUGUGAAGGUGGCCAUCAUCGAGCAGUCCGUGUCCCCUGGUGGGGGUGCCUGGCUCGGGGGCCAGCUCUUCAGUGCCAUGAUCGUCAGGAAGCCCGCUCAGGCCUUCCUUGAUGAUAUUGGUGUCCCUUAUGAAGAGAUGGACACCUACGUGGUCAUCAAGCACGCCGCCCUUUUCACCUCCACCAUCAUGUCCAAGCUCCUUGCUCGCCCCAAUGUCAAGCUUUUCAACGCGGUCGCUGCUGAGGACCUGAUCAUCAGGGAUGGUGCCGUCGGUGGAGUCGUGACCAACUGGUCCCUGGUGUCCCAGAACCACGACACCCAGUCCUGCAUGGACCCCAACGCCAUGGAGUCCAAGGUCGUCGUCUCUUCCUGCGGUCACGAUGGCCCCAUGGGAGCCACUGGUGUGAAGAGGCUCAAGUCCGUGGGCCUGGUCGACAACGUACCUGGGAUGAAGGCCCUGGACAUGAACAAGGCUGAGGAUGCUGUGGUUGCUCUGACCAGGAUGGUCGUGCCUGGCAUGAUCGUGACUGGCAUGGAGGUGGCUGAGAUUGAGGGCGCCCCCAGGAUGGGCCCCACUUUCGGUGCUAUGAUGAUCUCUGGCCAGAAGGCUGGUCACCUCGCCCUCCAGGCCCUUGGCCUCCCCAACGCCAUUGACGGAACAAUGGUCAGCGAAUCUGGUGUUGUCCCCGAGCUCAUCCUGGCCGAUGCUGACGACACUACCGCGUCUGCCUAAGUUCCCUUCUAGUUAGAAAUGUUAUGCAUCUUGUACAGGCAGGAGAUCUUGCUUCUUGAAGUUGGGUCUGAUGCACUGCAGAUAGUGUCAGUGUGCACGGUCUUGUGUCAACGUGCCACAAUCCUGAUGCAACUAGGGGUGCUGAAGACAGUGGCUGUCCUUGUGACACCACUGUUCUGAUGCUGAGAUCAUACCCUAACUACCUGACCACGGUAAAGCGUGCGGAGGGAAGUUGCCAGGAUCUGUCCUGUCGUCGAUAAGAGGUUGUAGCGGUCUGUAGAUCGUGUACAGCAGAGAUAGCGAAGGCCUCUUAGCCAGGGCAGAUUGUCUGUCAAUAUUCAUCGCAACGCGUGUUCGUCACAGGUAGAGCUUGCUAGUUGAUCAUGGAUUCGACCAAUUGAUAUAAAUUUACUCGACGAGAGGUAUUUUUAAUUCAUAACCGC